AUUUCCCACAAACCCACCGACAAAACCCCGUAGGGUCUGCGCUGCGGGGAUCCUCAAACCCUCUUGGGACUUGACUGCAGCUCGCGACGUCCUCUAGGAAACGUAGUCCGGGCCGGUGACAGGUGGCGGCGCAGGCGCAGUCUCGGUGGGCCUGGACUCACCGCCCCUUUGUUUUCCCGCCUGGUCCUCGCGGCUAUAGCUGUAUCGGACCUGAGACCCUCGCGCCUGCUGCUCCCAGGCAGGCUGGGUUCCCGUAUCUUGGAGGGUGGGGGAGAGCCCGACGAGUGAGGCUGGGACUCCCCACCCCUGGUCGAAGAGCCUCGGGGGGCCAGAACCAGAAUUCGGUGUCAUCAUUUCCAGAGAACAGCAGGGAAGCAACCCGCGACCAUGAAGGGUUUGGCUCGGGCGCUUGUGGGGAGAGAUCUCCCUAUUCAAGAUUUUGUCUCUUUCCAAGAAAAGCCCACAGAGGAGCUGGGAACAUUGGUAUCUGGCCUGUCAAGAGCCAGAGCACAGGAGUCAGUGACUUUUAAGGAUGUUGCUGUGAACUUUACUCGGGAGGAGUGGAGAAACCUGGACCCUGGUCAGAGGGACCUAUACAGGGAAGUUAUGCUGGAGAACUAUAGAAACCUGGUCUCAUUGGGGUAUCACAUUUCCAAACCAAAUAUGAUUUCCCAGUUAGAAAAAGGAAAAGAGCCAUGGAUGGUUGAGAGUGGAACUUCAAGAUGCAUUUGUUCAGACAGGGAAACUAGGCCUGAAGCCAAAGAUUCAACUCCAAAGGAAGGCAUUUCCAAAGAGAACUCAAACCAGGAAGGAAUCACCAUGAAUGGUCUCUGGUCUUCCAAAUUAGGAAAACCAUGGGAAUGUGAUAGCCAGUCAAAUUCUCAACAGGGAAUCCACGAAAGACAAGUGAAACUGCUGGAAGUUACCCAGAAGAAAAACUUUACUGGGAAGAAAUUUCCUAAAUCUAAUAAAUUUCGAGUAAGCUAUAGUCUCAACUCAGCCACCACUCCUCAGGAAAUUUCUGUAGGAGAGAAUUGUCAUAAAUGUGACAUGUGCAAAAAGAACUUCAAAGAGAAUUCUGGCCUAAUUAAACAUAAGAGAACUUGUUCAGGGAAGAAACGCUUUGAAUGUAAUGAAUGUGAUAAAGCUUUCAGCCAGCGUGCACACCUUAUUCAACAUCAGAGAAUUCAUACUGGAGAGAGGCCCUAUGAAUGUAAUGAAUGUGGUAAAGCUUUUAGACGGACUAUAGACCUUACUCAGCAUCAGAGGAUUCAUACUGGAGAAAAGCCCUAUGAAUGUAAUCAGUGUGAAAGAGCUUUUAGCCAGCGUGCACACCUUAUCCAACAUCAGAGAAUCCACACUGGAGAGAGACCUUAUGAAUGCAGUGAAUGUUCAAAAGCUUUUAGCUGGAGUACACACCUUACUGAACACCAGAAAAUUCAUACGGGAGAGAAGCCCUAUGAAUGUAAUGAAUGUGGGAAAGCCUUCCGAAAAAGUACAGAUCUUAAUCGACAUCAAAGAAUUCAUACUGGAGAGAAACCCUAUGAAUGCAGUGAAUGUGAGAAAGCUUUCAGCCAGCGUGCACACCUUACUCAACAUCAGAGAAUCCAUACUGGCGAGAAACCCUAUGAAUGCAAUGAAUGUGGAAAAACCUUCAGAUGGAGUACACACCUUACUCAACAUCAGCGAAUCCAUACUGGAGAGAAACCCUAUGAAUGCAAUAAAUGUGGGAAAACCUUCCGUCGGAGUACAGAACUCACUCAACAUCAAAGAAUUCAUACUGGAGAGAAGCCAUAUAAAUGUAGUGAAUGUGAGAAAGCCUUCAGCUGUAGGACACACCUUAUUCACCAUAAAAGUACCCAUAGUGGAGAGAAACCCUAUGGAUGCAAUGAAUGUGGUAAAACCUUCAACCGCAGCUCAUCUCUUACUCAACAUCAGAGAAUUCAUACUGGAGAGGAAUCCCAAGAAUAUAACUGAUAUGGAACAACUUCUUAUGAGAGAUGAUCUGUCACAUCAGAAGAUUCAUAUUUGGUGAUUUUAAAAAACAUCAACACUGACAUUUUGUAUGCUUUUAUGAAUAAAAAACUAACGUGACCAAUAUUAGCCAACCCAUCAUAAAAGAGAAGAUGAAAUACUAGAACGCAAAGAGUUCACCUAUUUGGGUCAUAAAUACCGGGUUUGAUUUCUGUGGCUUUCUUGACACUGCAGCUCAUGAUGAAGUUUUGUCCCCACCCUCUCAUUUUCUCCCCUGCUUGCCUAUAAUUUAUAUUGCCUGAAUCUCUGACCUCAACUUUUGUUGUCUCUGUAUGCUGUGAUUUCUCUGCUCCCUUAGUUUUGCCUUCUGACUGAUUAUGUAACUUACGCUUAGUUAUCCCUUAUCUUGGUUCUGAACAAUACUCUUUACUGACACAAGCCUGACUGUUAAACCUUGCCUUUCUAGAGUUGGCUGACUGAAUAUAACAGAGACAACACCAAUGAAAAUACUGGGUAUAGGAAAACUUUCAGCUAGUAUACCUUACUCAAUAUCAGAAAAAUCUUUGCCAGAGAGAAUGAUGAGCAUACUGAAUAUUUGAAAGGGCUUCUGAAUCAGUUCAUCUUUUGAUAAAUGUUGUUGUGUUCAUAUUGGAGAGAAUCUCUGUGAAGAUAAAUGAAUGUUUGGAACCCAUCUCCCAGAGUAGACACCUUGCUUAAUAUCAGGUAAUUUAUAUUAGUGAGGAAUCUUAUGCAUACAGUGAAUUAAAAAGUUUAGCCCUCAUCUCACAUUGGAACAUUCACAGUGGAGAGUAACCAUGGUAAGUUACUGAAUGAAGGGGAAUUUUUCAGAUUAAUCCCUUAGUUCAACAACCUGCAGUCAAGAUUUCACUUUUUCACCCAUCAACUGAUUUUAUUUGGUAUAUUUGAAAGUAUAGGCCUAGGAUUGGCUUGUUAUCUCUCAUUAAACAACCAUCUUAGGUAAGUUUGCAGAAGGCCUUCACCAGAAGGUUGACUACCAGGUUAAAAACUAAUUUGGUCACAAAACUAAUGAAGACUUAAGUAUAGAAGGAUUGCAGACUGCGUUAUGGAAUCAUGGAUCUUUCAAAUACUGAUAUAUUUGAGAGAAUUUUUUCCCUUUAUUUUUACUUCUCCCCCUAAAUAUAAAUUGGCUGUUACCAAGUUAGGAUUAGAAAUGUACAAAUCUGUGUGCUGUUUACUCAGAACAACCAUUUUAAGUCCAAGGUUUCUGGAAAAUAAAGGAAUCUGAUUGCUAAAGCAACUACAGCUUUUGAAACAAAUCAGUGGGACUUAAACCUUUCUGGAGCAAAGGAACUACACUGUUUGUUCUUAUAUUUGUGGCAGAUUUACUUAUUGGAUGUUUGAAAUUAUUUAAAAUUCAUAUUACAUGAAAGUGAUGUUAUAAUGUAGGGUUAGGAACCAAGAUUCCUGACCACGUGACUGUUGUCCAAAGGUUUUUAUAGAAAUGAUUACAGAUACUAUAUUUAAUCAAUUAUAAAUACUAUAGAUGCAUGAUACCAAGUUUUUUAAAGUGUAUAUAAAUUGCAGCUCAGUAAUGUAUCAACUAAAAUUGUUUUUUUUGCUAUGAAUUUUUUUUUUGUUCAGACCUUUGAUUUCAUUAUGUGGAGAAUUCCCCUUGCAGAAUUCCCCUCAGUGAUGCAGAUCAACAAUUUGUCUUUAACAUGGAGUUGUAGAGAGGUAUCUGGGAAAAUGAAAGUUUAAGUGAUUUGUUCAUGGUCACAUAGUUAGUAUGGUCCAGAGAUAGGUUUUUGAAUUUAGAUCUUCUUUAUUCUAAGGCCAGCCACUCUGUCUUCUACUUAUUAUUAACUACGGCUUCAUUAUUAUUCCUAUCUUAUUUUAUAUGACAUUAAGACAGGAGGUAAAGGAACACUUUCUCUAGGGUCACAAAAUUCAGGACUUUUGGGGAUAUUUGAACAGGCACAUCUAAAAGGCUUUUUGAAAAUUUAAGGAAAUUUUCAAAAACUCAAUUCAGAAGCUUACUCUUCUGUUCUUUUGUAUCCUUAAUUAAAAAAAAAUCAAGCAUAGGUAUUUAUGUGAGAACAUAGCAUGGGUAGAAAGACAGCCUGCAUUAAAGUCAGGGAAAUUUGAGUUCAACUCAUACCUCUUAUAGAAGCAGGCUGUGAAAUUCUGGGCAAAUCACCUAGCUUCUCAGUUUCCGAGGCAACUUUCUAAGAUACAAGUUGCAGAGGUAGUUGGUUCCAGUCUUCACUGGUAGAAGAAGUCUCUCAUAGGGAGUACUUAACAUUGAUGAAAUCACAGAUCAAUUUCCAUUCCAUUUAUCUGUAAUCAUAUUAGUUAUUCUACUUUGACAGUAGGAUGCUUUUCUGUAAUUUAAAGUGCCAUCUAAUUACCAUUUAACUUUCAUCUUUUUCUCUGUCAUGCCUCGAGUGGAAUGAAUGGAUGGGCAUGAUUGAAAGUAGCUCAUAAACAGAACAGCUAUAAGAAAACAGCACUUUUAGUUGUGUCUGAACCCUAUAGAAAUUACUUUUUUCCUUCCCAGUUCAAUUUUUUCCUGUUUUUAUGUGUGUAGUACAUUUGUGUGAGUUAUGUUUCUGGAAUAGCUUAGUUUAUUUCCCCAUGUUAAUGCCCUUUUACUGAUUUUGAUUAUAGAUUGUUCUCUAUAUCAUUUCUAUAUUGGACUUGGUUUGUUUACAGACUUUUGCCCUUUUGAGAGUUGUUACUGAUUUUGGACUGUGAUAACUUUUUCGCUUCAUUCAUCUCACUUCCCCAUCCUUCUCAGUGGGAUGUAAGAAAUGUGCUGCUAAUCCUAGGACUAUCAACAGGUACAGAGAAAUGGAUGAAAACAUAUCACCAUACUUCAGGCACAGCUGGAUUGAAUGAUUAGAAAAGGCAGCUUGUAAGGGAAAGUGAUUUUUCUUCAGAAGAUACUCAGUGGGAGCUAUUUGAACAAUUUAUCCAACCCUAACUUCCUUAGACAAAUUUUCAGAGUUCUUGAGUGAAAUUUCUGGGUUUCUGACUUUGAUGAAUUUAUAUCCGAAAGCCAUCUUGUGGAAUUUCUUCAUGGAUCUCCCUAGGAUGGGGUUCCUGCUCUUUAGGUUAUUUGCUCAUAUAAACUGCUAAGUGAUGCCAUUAUUGAUACCAACCAUCUAUUAGCACAACUUAGUUUUUUUUUUUUAAUGACAAAUUCAAUAUACAAAGGCACUUUGAGCCGAGACUGACACUUAAAUUUUCCUAACUGCCUGAUGUUAUUGUUGGAAUAUGCUAUCACUUUCAGGAUAGAGAGCCAAGACCUUAAGAAUAAUAAAGACACCAUGAUGGACCAAAUUAGGAUAGCUUAUUAAUGAACUCAAGUCAGACAAACUUGCUUUCACCAUCAAGCCGUGAUUAUCUAAGGCCAGGUUAUAAAGAGAAACUUGCUUUUAUCCUAAGCACAAUGUGAUUUCUUAUGCCCAAACUACAAGAAUUUCCUCUACUGUGCUGAAUUUGGAAAUGUAGAUAAUAUUCCUCUGACCCAAUUAAGUUCUGUGAAGUAGAAAAAUAAACUAGAAGUGAAAUGAUUCUUAUUCUGUUAGAUGCUGGGGCACUAGCCUCCUAGCUUCUUAUUGGGCCCAUGAGAAUGGAAGUAGGUGGUCAGUGGAAAUGCUUUAUUGUAAAGGAGCUCAUUCAAAUCUAUCAUUAGGUGUGCUUAAUCAUGUCUGACAAUAAAGCUAGUCCCCAAACUCAAGGUUACAUAGUUACAAAUGCCAAUUUAAGGUCUUGGGGCAAAUUCAGGACCUUAGGCUAGUCUAAUAGGGAAUCCUGAGCCAUGGUAAAUUUAAAACAAUUGGGGCCAUACAGAAAUGAGUGACUUCUGGUUCCUGGCACAUAGUGAACACAUGAUAAAUGCUUGUUGAUUGAUUGGCCUAAUCAUUAACAAAGGAAAUAACUGAAGGUUCAAGUGGAAAAAACAUAAAGGGGUACUGAUCCUAGCCCUAAUGAGCUUUCUCAUUGCCUGAUGAUGCUCAGGAUAUGGUGGCUAUUAUGCCAUACCUCGUUUGGGAGAAUUUGGCAGAUUACUUUUAGCUUAGAAUUCUAUAACCAGAACUGCUCUGGUGCCAUCCCAUUGAUUACAAACAAUGGUGCUCUUUUGAAUGAUCUUCAGCCAGAUAAUCGCUCUAGAAAUUCAAAUCUAACCUCAGACACUUUCAGCUGUAUGAUCCUGGGCAAGCUUAACUAACAGAAUCUCCUCUUGCUUCUUCCUUGUAAAUGAUACUUAGUAUAAAUUCUAAGACAAGCAAUAGUUAAAAAAAUAGAAGUUUAUAGGCAUAAGCUGCCCCUUGGAUUUUGAAACCCUGCCCGAAUAUCAGGUCAAUUAAUGACUGUGUUGUAGACUUGGUUCUAGAAAGUAAAAUUAAAAGGAGCUUCUAUACUUAUGGCCUAAUUCAAAUAUCCUUUUGGAGUUUUUCACUACUCCAGAGAUUUAGGUCGAAUUUUCCCCUUACCUGGCUAAGUCCUAUAAUAUCUGUGAAGUAGAAAAAUGGGGAAUUUGUUUUCUUUUUUUUCUUUUUUUUUAAACCCUUACCUUCCAUCUUGGAGUCAAUACUGUGUAUUGGCUCCAAGGCAGAAGAGUGGUAAGGGCUAGGCAAUGGGGGUCAAGUGACUUGCCCAGGGUCACACAGCUAGGAAGUGGCUGAGGCCAGAUUUGAACCUAGGACCUCCCGUCUCUAGGACUGGCUCUUAAUCCACUGAGCUACCCAGCUGCCCCCAGGGGAAUUUGUUUUCUAAUGAUUUCCAUAGUGUCUAAUUGCAUUUUUAAAAGUCACAUACUUUACCUUCUGUCUUAGAAUCAAUACUAAGUAACUGUUCCAAGGUAGAAGAGUGGUAAGGGCACUUCCCUAGAGUUGCACAACUAGGAAGUGUCUUGAGGCUAGACUUGAACCCUAGAUAUUCCUACACAGUUAAAAUUUAAAAUAAAUUCCCAUUCUGGUUGACUAGGUCAGGGCACAUUUUAACAACAACUUGCUUAUGAUCUGGCCUCCACAUGCCAGAUGAACAAGUCAAAGACCAUAUUCUAGACUUGCUAUCACUAAUUUUCACUCCAUAUGACCAUUUUCACUAUAAUGAACCUGUCUAAUUGCAGCCCAACAUUAUUAUAGCACUCUGACAGGCUCUCAGGGCUUGUCUCAGCAUUCCCACCUCCAGCCCUGAUGUCUUAUCUUUUGGAAUACUCUGCUCUUGACACCUUUCUUUUCCAUAUUCCUUUCCUUUCUUCAUUACUUCUACUUGCUCCUAAUUCUCCUGUGCUCAAGUCUUUUCCUAAGAUCAGUGUCAUUAAAACUGGAUAAUUUCUCCUUAAGUAAUUUCAGUGCUACUGAGAUUUUGGGGAACACUGGUGGAAAACUGCUCACUAGUCACAUACACUAUAGACGUAGAAUAGUGCAAAGCACUUAACCUGCUUCAGGACCUAUAUGUCCAAAUUAUGAAUAGGGUGUUUUACAUAUAUUUAUCACCAAAGUAUAUGCACAUCUACAGAACAUAAGGAAAAAAAAACGCAUGAUAGAACAAUGCAAACAAGUAAAUCAGUAGGACUGUAAAAUUAUUUGCGUAUUGCAUAUGCAAAUAGCAAUCCAAUGUAUAAUAAGUAUAGCUAUAGUAAAUAUAGUAAUCUAUAAAAAAUUAGCAAAAUAAAUCAAUAUAAUGCAUGGCAUUUGGUAACUGAAUAUCACUAAUUCCAUAUAACGCAUGCAUCACAAAGGUUAACAUUAAUACUUUGUCUAGCAAUACGUGUAAAUGCUUCCAGGUUUGCCUAUAACAUCAUAGGUUAGUUUGGUCAUGACUAGAAGAGCCUGAGCUUUCCUAUGACCUGCUGAUCUAUUGGACUAUCUGAAUGUCAUGAUCAUGGUAUGACUGAUCAUGAUCCUCAUAAAAACUAUAAACCUAUAUUCUUAAACCUGAGCUUGUGAAGAACUCAAGCUGGCUGAUAGUAUUUUUAGGCUCUGUGGGACAUCUGUAGUCUAGAACUGUGUGACUGAAAUUUUAGGCAGGGUAAUUGGUGCUUCUGGGUUCAGUCAGUUCUCUUCCUUUUUUGGAACUGCACCUGGGCAAGACUAUUGGGUUACAAUACACAGUAAUGUACACAGCAUCUCCUUUACUGGAAGUGUCACUGAGUCACUGUCUUGUAUAAAUGUUUAUUGUACAUUGUGGGUAACUUUACUUAUCGUCUGUGCAAGUAUCAUUAAGAAUGAGGAGGAGAACAGUAUUACAAACACUUGAGUAUCCAGGAGAAGAGGGUGAUUAAUAAUGGUAAAGGCUGCAGAGUGGUCAAAAAAGAUGAUUGGGGAAAAGCCAUUAGAUUUGUCAAUUGAGAUUUUAGGCACUGCUAAGCACUAUAGAUAUAAAGGGAAAACCCCAAUACUCCCAGCUUUUAGUGUAAUAGGAGGAGGGGAUGACACUAUGCUAACAACUAUGUGCAAACAAGAUAUAUACAGGGUGAUAAUCUCAGAGGGAAGAUACCAAGGUUAGGGAGGACUGGGUAGGGCUUCCUGUAAAAAGGUGGAACUUCAGCUGAGACUUGAAGAAAACUCAGGGAAGCAAGGAAGCCGAGAUGAGGAGACAGGAGAUAGGUUUGGGGGAUAGCCAAUGAAAAUGUCUGUUACUGGGAGAUAGUGUCAUGCUAGAGGAGCAGCAAAGAGUACAUUGUCAUUGGAUCACAGAGUAUGUGAGAGAAAGUAAGGUGUAAGAAGGCUGAAAAGAUAGAAAGUGAGCGGGUUAUGAAGGGCAUUAAAUGCCAAACAAGAUUUUAUAUUGAUCCUGAAGGUAUUAGGGAGCUCCUGGAGUUUACACAAUGGGGGCAUAGUGUAUGUGACAUCAGGUGUGUUUUAGGAAAAUCAAUUUGAUGGCUGAUUGGAAUGGGGAGAGAUGAGGCAAGGAAACCAAUCAUCUGGCUACUGCAAUAUCCCAGGUCAUGAGAAAGUACACAAUGGUGGUGGCAGUGUCCAAGGAGAGAAGAGGACAUAUUGAAGAGAUAUAAAAUAACAGGACUUCACAAUUGAUUGCAUAUGGGGGAUGGUGAGAGAGCAAGGAGUUGAAGAUGACAUGUGGUUUCUGACCUUGAGGAAGAUAUAAAGAUAGUAAGAGGGGAAGGUUUGGGGGCUAAUGAUAAUGAGUUGUUUUGGAUAUGUUGAGUUCUAAAAUGUAUAAGGACAUGUAUUUCAAGAUGCCUGGGGGUCAGGAGAAAGGUUAAUGCUGGAAGGGUAGAUCUGAGUCACCUGGACAUGAUAAUUGCAACAAUGGGAGCUGAUGAGAUCACUGAGUGAGUUCUAUAGUGGGAUAAGAGAAGAGAUCAGAGCCUUGGGGCAUCCUUAUGAUUAGUGAGAAUGACAUGGAUGAAGAUCCAGCAAAGGAUGGAGGAGGAGGAACAGGAAAACAGGGUUACAGACAUUGAAGAGCAUCAAGGAGAAGAGGUGAUUAAUAACGUUAAAGACUGCAAAGUGGUCAGAAAAGAUGGUUGGGGAAAAGAACUUCAGAGAGCAUAUUUUGGCUGCAUAAUGACAUCAGAAGCUGGACUGCAGAGUUAAACAUGAGAAAAAAAAAAGAUGUGGAGGCACUUAUUAUAUUGGACGCUUUCAAGGAAUUUAGUCAUAAAAUGGUGGAGAAUCAUAGGAUGUCAGAUAAUGGGAAUGGCCAGAUUAGUGAGGGAUUCUUUUUUUUUAUUUUUAGAAUAAUGGAGACAUAAGUAUAUUUGUAGACUUUAGAGAAGCAGCCAGUAGACAGAGAACUAUUGAUGAUUAGUACGAGGACAGGGUUGUUAUUGCUUAUCAUUUGUCUCCAUUUACUCCAACCAACUCUCCUUUGAUUGGUGAAUUGUCUUUACAGGGCUCCCACAAUUCUCCCACUGUUAUUUUAUAAAAAGGGGAGGGUAAGGAAUAAUAAUUUACAUAGCAAUGACUAUGUGUUGCACGCUGUGCUAAGCACAUUGUAGAUAUAUCAUUUGACCCUCACAACAACCCUAAAUUAUUAUACAUAUUUUACAGUUGAGGAAACUGAGGCAAACAAGUCACAGCUAGUAAGAGUUUGAGGCUGGAGGUCUUCCUGAUUUCAGGAUUUCAGUACCAGUGCUCAAACCACUGUGCUAUCUAGCUGCUCCUCAAAGGCAAGUUGUCCAUUUUCUUCAUAAUUAGACAUGGAAUAGUUUUCCAGAAAUCUAAAAACUUUUCGGUUCUGGGAAUAUUAAGAUUUCUCUGCAAAACCAUUUUGCCUUGAUAAAGAUUUUGACAAUUAACUUGGGCAAUAUAGUCAUUUGUUUCUGUCAGUAUUCUUCUCAAAUGGCCAUGAUUGGUUGGUAGGUUUCUGCAAAGACCAGCUCCAGGAUGGGCCUCAUGGGUCAUACAGCGCAGGCAAGAAGCAUGGGGGUUGGGCUUACAGGAGGUGCUUUUUCAACUAAGAACUAAGCAGACAGCUUCUCAGUGCAGUGGCAAAGUUUAUUGGGCUGGGGUCUACAAUUUGUAGGGUAAAUGACCUACGUCUAAGAGUUAGGUAGUCUUCAUACAGAAACAAUGAUUGGUAACGAUUCUCAAGUAAGGAUAAUGAACCUAGGUUACGUCAGUGAUCACAGACAAAAGUUUUCUUUAUGUAAUGGAUUAAUAUGCAAUGUAUGACUGCUCAGCUGGGUUUGGACCUUCAGUGGGUGACUCCCUAGCAAGGUUUCUGAUGAAGUUCUUGCCCUAGUGGUUUCUCGGCAGAACAUUUGAUAAUUCAGAGAGAAGAAUAGGCUGGUUUCAAGCUAAGAGGAAAGACUACAUGCCUACUACUUGUAAGUUAAUGGCUUCCCAGAGGCCUUGCAUUCGGGGGUGUUCUGGGCUUAUUUCCACAGCCUUGCUGAAUUGAAAGCCCCUGACUUCCUAGCCUAUUUUACAUCCUGGUGUGCUUUGGGCUUGGAAGCCCCUACCCUUCUUGUGCUGCUCCCACAGAUUCCUCUUGGACUUUUAGUUGACAUAUACUGGAAUUCUGUCUUCUCCAUCCUUUGAGAUUUCAAAGUCCAAGUUAAUGAGAAGUCAUAGCUUUUGCCUGAACAUUAAUAAACAUCUUAAAAGCAUUAUCCCUGGGCAGUUCCCAAUAUUAGAAAUGCUAUAUGUUGACUUCACUAGAGUUUUUGUUCUGGUCUCCAUUUCUAACUUAACUGUGUAACUGAAACACUUAGACUAUAGAUCUUAUGACAGUGUUUGGUUUCUGAAUUUCCUUGAAUAUCCAGCUCUUAAAAUCUUUAUUUGGUUAGAAUGGAGCAUAUCAGAAACGGAAUCCAUACACUGAAAAAUGCUUUCUCACAACACUUCAGCAACCAUGAAGGUUUUCCAGUUCUUCCUUGUGCAUACAUGGUAAAAAUAUUACUUAUUAUUGUUAUUUCCUCAUAUAGAUUAAAGCAAAUCAAUCUAGAAAAGUUCAAAAGAUUUCCUAGUGCUUCUAAUGUCUAAAUAUGCAAAAUGAGUUGGAAACACUUUUCUUUGAACUUAUGGGAAUCAAGUCUAUCACUUGUUAGUGAUAUCAAGUUGGGCCAUUAAAAUCAAUUUCUUACUAACUCCAAAGUCCUUAGGUAUUGGAUACAUAUAUAUCCAAAGGAAUCAUGCAAUUGUUUUCUGACCAUAUAGUUUUAUUAGUCAGCCCCAGUUCCUUCCUCGAACCAUAUGGGUGGGGAGGGCAACACAGUAUAAUGAUAUAGCAGAGCAUUCUGUUGUACAUCUCCAACUUCUGCUUUUGCCUCAAUAGUAUAGUACUUUCAUAAGGAUGGAAUUUGAGUUUGUUAGAAUCAUUGUCUUUUUUCUUGACUUGUUUCACAAUUAUUCUACCCCUUAAUUAAUUAGCUAUUGCUUUUGCUUCCAGUCAGACAUAGCCAAGUGAAGCAGAGGCUGGUACAGUGAAACAAAAUUUACAUAUUCUAUUGUCAGACUGUCAGAAAGAAACCCCAAAUUCUGAGCUUCUACUUGAUUGAGGCUCAGUUACAUGGGCAUUCCAUAUGGUUUUCGCUUCUUUCAGUUUCAGCCUCCUGGGCUCCAGACCAGAGUAUCUGUGUCCAUAUGAGACUUGCUUGACAAGUAGUAUAUGCUGAAUUCAUAAUCAAGCAGUACUGUUACUCAUCUAUGAUGAGCAUAGUAUAAUGACACUGAUUUAAAUAAAGGCCAGUUAUUGCCAGGGGGCCAUCAAAGCCAUGCUGUUUGACAUGGUCACACAUGGAAACUAGGGUUGAAAGUGGCCCCCAGGAAGGAUGGAAACAUCCACUCAGACCCCCUCUGUGUCACUUCUCUCACUAACAUUUCUUAUUUUUGGAAUUGCUUCACAGAAGAAAAUAGAUGAGAGCAAAAUAACUACAGGAUUAAUAUAGAUAUCCCACAUUAUUCUCCCAGAAUAUCACCAAAAGAUCAUAUAGAAUUAAACCUAAAGAUUCCUAUGUACCCACUUAGAUGGAAAACCCCCCUUUCCCUCAGGUUAAACUGCUAACAAGGUUGCAGUUAUAUUCUCCACCCCCACUAUAAACCAGGGAUGACAGGUAGAUUAAUUACCCUCCAGGCACAGACUGGUACAUUACACCUCACUAACUUGUUUUACUAAUUAAAACCUAGGUAAUCUGUCUUGGAAACCUCCAUGAAACAGAAAAAUGAUUAGCCUGAUAUAUACAUAUAUAUAUAUAUCUGUAUAUUUGAUAUAUAAUAUCAAAAACUGGAUUAUGUUUCUGUUACCCUUUGACCCUGCACUUAGCAGCAGUGUUUUUGUUGGUUGUUUCCUAACAAAUCCUGAUUGAUUAUCUGUUUGAUUAAAAGUAACAAAUCAUUUUUCUUAGCUUAUCUGCAAGUCCGAGCACCUCACAGAUUAAUGAAGAACUGACCUCUAGUUACUCUACCUGUGAUGAGAAAACAUUUAUCUUUUGUAAAAGCUUUGUGUUUGUUGUAGCAACAUAGUAUGUAGAAUAGUCACAGAAUGUUAAUUAAACAAUUUGUUAAAAGUUAAUGUAUGACUUAUCCAAUUACCUGUAAGGAACAUGUAUGUUGAAAAAUGAAGCUGUUUGCCAAGGAAAUAUGUAACCACUGGGGAGUAUAAAAAUAAAGACAACCCUGGGCCAAGUGGAACAGUUCCUUGUGAUGCCUGGCUACAGGCUGACACUCUCAACUGUCUUCCCAUCAUUCAUUAUCUGCCGAUGCCACCACACCUAGUCAAGGACCCCUGAAGCUGUGGUAAGGGCAGGCCCCAUACCCACAGCAAAUUAUUAUAUAGUCUUGGAACUUUUCAGUGAUUUCUCAUGUCAAAAAAAAAAAAGAAUUCAAGUUUGUAUAAUGUGGUACAAGUCUUAUUGUUAUGAAGUCCUCUGUUGGAAAAUGUAACUGGUUUCACAUAGUAGGAGCUUAAUAAAUGCUUUGAUCGAUUGA